AUGGCCUUCUUCGAGGAUGUCUUUUACUUCAUUUCUCUGUACUGUUGGGUCGCUACUUUCGCAGCAAUGCUUCCCUUGAACCCUUGCCUCAUCGGCGUUUCCUUCUUGCUCUAUCUUCCGACUCUACGCUCCACUCUGGAGUACGCUAUCGAUAUGUACGCCACCGUUUUUGGUGCUAUCGUCUUCAACUUUGACUUUGCCUUCCCGGUCCUUGUUCUCUUCGCGUGCCUUUACGCCUGGCUUGAUCUUUUCAUGAAAAUCAUCCCUUGGGACCCUGUUCUCAUCCUUGUGGCCUUCAUGCUUAAUGUUGGACUUCAAGGCGGCUUUCUCGAGGCUGCCCGAAUCUUGGUCGUAUUCCUAGUCGCCGAGGUGUUUAUGCGAUUCUUUCCAGCGAACCCUAUUCUCUUCGGUCUGGUCUUUGUACUCAACAUUCAGGUUCAGGGCCACCUUUUGGAGAUCUUGCGGGUUAUCAGCAUCGUCGGGCUCAUGGAGAUGUUCGUGUGCCACUUUCAGCCCAGCCUCUUCGAUUUAUCGCGGAUUUUUGUGGUCAUCAUCCUAGCAUCCGCGGCGAUGAUUCCCUUUCUGUGAAGAUCUGAUCACUUUGCGCCAGUCUGUCUUGGUUCCCAGCGAAACCAUGAUCAUUGUUGUCAUCAUGUGUUGUCGGACUCCAGCUCUGAGACGAAAGACGCCAUCAGCCUCUACAGCAAGAAGGUCUCUUCGCCUCACUCACGACGUGACUGGCAACGAUAGAGCCGCCUCGCAACAGGGACAACCACAGAUCUAAGUGUCGUUGGAAGGGUUACCACGAUAUGUUUUGGCGCUCUUCUCCAUGACGGCGCAAGUUUUUG